AUGUCAAAAGCCAAGCUAACUGGCGCCGUUGUCGCCGAGCACAACACAAAAGACUCAUGUUGGGUGAUCGUGCACGGCAAAGCAUACGAUGUAACCGAUUUUCUACCCGAACAUCCCGGUGGGCAGAAGAUUAUCCUAAAGUAUGCCGGCAAAGAUGCGACCGAAGCCUUCGAACCAAUUCACCCACCCGACACCCUAGACAAAUACCUCGAUAAAUCCAAGCACCUCGGCGAAGUGGACAUGGCCACAGUCGAGCAGGAAGAGAAGGAAGUUGACCCUGAAGAAGCUGCACGCCUGGAGCGCAUAAAGGCCAUACCCCCUCUCGCAGCAUGCUACAACCUGAUGGAUUUCGAGGCUGUGGCGCGGCGUGUUAUGAGGAAUACGGCGUGGGCAUACUACUCCAGCGGAGCCGAUGAUGAAAUAACAUUACGAGAGAACCACACCGCAUUCCACAAAAUCUGGUUCCGCCCCCGAGUGCUAGUAGACGUCGAAAACGUAGACCUAUCCACAAAAAUGCUAGGAACAAAAGUAUCUAUUCCAUUCUACGUGACAGCGACAGCACUCGGAAAAUUGGGCCACCCAGAAGGCGAAGUGGUCCUCACAAAAGCAGCACAUGCACACGACGUAAUCCAGAUGAUACCCACUCUAGCCUCCUGCUCCUUCGAUGAGAUCGUCGACGCAAAACAGGGCGAUCAGGUUCAAUGGCUACAGCUUUAUGUGAACAAAGACCGCGAAAUCACGCGCAAGAUCGUUGCGCACGCCGAGGCGCGCGGGUGUAAGGGUCUCUUUAUUACUGUCGAUGCGCCGCAGCUUGGGCGGCGCGAAAAGGAUAUGCGCUCUAAAUUUUCGGAUGCCGGAUCCAAUGUGCAGGUUGGUGAUGAUGGGGUUGAUCGGUCGCAAGGUGCUGCUAGGGCCAUUUCGUCUUUUAUUGAUCCAGCGCUUUCCUGGAAGGAUAUUCCUUGGUUUAAGUCUAUUACUAAAAUGCCUAUCGUGCUGAAGGGCGUGCAAUGUGUUGAGGAUGUACUGCGCGCUGUUGAGGUUGGCGUUGAUGGCGUCGUGCUUUCAAAUCAUGGUGGAAGACAGCUUGAGACGGCCCGGUCUGGCAUUGAGGUGCUGGCUGAGGUUAUGCCCGCUCUGCGUGAGCGAGGCUGGGAGAAGCGCAUUGAAGUCUAUGUUGAUGGCGGUGUGCGUCGCGCGACAGAUAUCCUGAAGGCACUCUGCCUCGGCGCGAAGGGCGUUGGUAUUGGACGGCCGUUCUUGUAUGCCAUGUCUUCUUACGGGCUUGACGGUGUCAACCGCGCUAUGCAGCUGUUGAAGGAUGAGAUGGAGAUGAAUAUGCGGUUGAUUGGUGCGACUAGUGUUGAGGAGUUGAGUCCUAGUUUCUUGGAUACGAGGGGUCUGCUGGCUGGUCAUUCUGGUUCUAUUCCUUCUGAUACUUUGGGCUUGAAUGUUUAUGAUCCGCUUGAGGCACCGAGAUUUAACGAGAAGGCUAAAUUAUAG